GAGUCAACGAAGUGUCUCACGCGACGCUGUUUUUCAGUUCACGAGCUAAUUGCGAGGAUGAGGUGGAAUACAGUCCAAAUUAUCGUGGUUCUCAACAUGGCUCCAUGCUUUGCAGUCAAAUAUGACUGCAGCGCAAAGAGUCAAUCAUGCCCAAGUACUGAUUUUCGGUGUGUGGACAAGAGCUGUGCGUCUUGUGAAGACAGCGACUUUGUGUGGAAGUGUCACGUGAAAUAUAAACAUGACGGCGAGCGUAGAUGCACGCGGUACAGGCAAUGCGUUCAUGGACUGCUAGACUCAAAACAGUGCUUCCCGUUCCUGAAAAGGAAUAAAAGACUGCGUCUUGUUGGAAUGUCAGAUAAGCUAUAUUUUGGCUCUCCCAUCAAAUGUAUGAACACACUCUACGACUGGAGUUCUCAGGACGUCGUUGCGCAUACCGUGCAUUAUCAGCAGCAAAUCCAUAAUGCAGGGAAGAAAUGGGUAAGAAGAAGAUUCGAACUUAAGUUGAGAAACUACGGUAGCAAGCAGAGUGUGCAUCUUGUAUUUAAACGCCAUCAGCCGUCAACAUUGCAAACCGAUUUUCCGCGCACCUACUGCACCGCUGACUGCCUAAUUAUGGGUUACAUCCAUCCAUUUCAGGAAGAACAUAAAAUGCCAUGUAUGGUAUGGUCCUGGGAAAGAAAUAUAACAAAACUAUCUUUGCAGUGCACUUUUAUAAUUAAACUCUACUGUAUGCCCCUGAUUCAUGGGAUUCUACAAGGUCAUGACUUAUGCCUUUAAGCUCGCUUCGCUUAAAUAAAUAUGCUGUCCGUGUGA